AUGGCGGACGAUUCUCAGCAUGAGCACACCUUCGACUCGGCCGACGCCGGUGCCUCGGCCACCUUCCCCAUGCAGUGCUCUGCCCUGAGGAAGAACGGCUUCGUCGUCAUCAAGAGCCGUCCCUGCAAGAUCGUCGACAUGUCUACCUCCAAGACUGGCAAGCACGGUCACGCCAAGGUCCAUCUGGUUGCCAUCGACAUCUUCACCGGCAAGAAGCUCGAAGAUCUGUGCCCCUCCACCCACAACAUGGAUGUCCCCAACGUCACUCGUCGCGAGUACCAGCUCCUCGAUAUCUCCGAUGAUGGAUACCUCUCCCUCAUGAACGAUGACGGUGACACCAAGGAUGAUGUCAAGAUGCCCGACGGUGAGAUCGGUGACAAGAUCACCAAGCUGUUCAAGACUGAGGAGAAGGAUACCAACGUUGUCAUCUUGACUGCCAUGGGUGAGGAGGCUGCUGUUGAGGCUAAGGAGGCUCCCCGCCAGGGUUAA